UAUUUGUUAAAAUAAAUAAAUAAAUUAGAGAGAGAAAGAGAAAGUGGGUGUGACUGAAACUCCAAGGAAACAAACUCUCUCUCUCUUUUCUCUAUUCGAACGAAGAAGAAGAAGAAGAAGAAGGAAAGAAAGAAAGCUUAGCUAGUCGUCCAAGUCUCACACUCACAGCAAUUCAGUGAAAAAUUCAAGAUGAGUGACAAUAUAAUGGAGAAAGUGAGUGCUUUCGGAGAACGCCUCAAGAUUGAAGGGGCAGAGGUGGGCAGAAAGAUGACUGCGGGCAUCAGUUCAAUGAGCUUUAAGAUGAAGGAGCUCUUUCAAGGGCCGAAUCAGGCAGAUAAGCUUGUUGACGACGCAACCUCAGAGGCUCUGGAGGAGCCUGACUGGGCCUUAAAUCUUGAUAUUUGCGACAUGAUCAAUACUGAGAAACUCAACAGUGUUGAACUGAUCCGUGGGAUAAAAAGGCGAAUUGUGUUGAAGAAUCCCAGGGUCCAAUACUUGGGGUUAGUGCUACUUGAAACUUGUGUCAAGAACUGUGAGAAGGCUUUCUCAGAAGUGGCAGCCGAGAGAGUUCUUGAUGAGAUGGUGAAGCUCAUUGAUGAUCCUCAGACUGUUGUUAACAAUCGUAACAAGGCUUUGAUGCUGAUUGAGUCGUGGGGGGAAUCAACCAGUGAGCUCCGUUAUUUGCCUGUUUUUGAAGAAACAUACAAGAGUCUAAAAUCAAGGGGAAUUCGGUUCCCUGGUCGUGACAUGGAGAGCCUGGCACCUAUUUUCACUCCCCCUCGUUCAGUUUCAGCUCCUCCAGAACCAGAUGAUAGUCUUUCGCAGCAACUUCAGCAUGAUUUCCCUGUCCAAAGCUUUACAGCUGAACAAACAAAGGAAGCAUUUGAUGUUGCGAGAAACAGCAUCGAGCUUCUAUCUACAGUCUUGUCCUCAUCACCACAGCAAGAUGUUCUGCAGGAUGACUUGACAACCACACUUGUACAGCAGUGUCGUCGAUCUCAGGCUACCAUCCAAAGAAUGAUUGAAACUGUAGGAGAUAACGAAGCCCUGCUAUUUGAAGCGUUGAAUGUGAACGAUGAGAUCCAGAAAGUAAUGUCCAAGUACGAUGAGCUGAAGAAGCCAUUAGAUGUUUCGGCUGAGCCAGAACCUGCAAUGAUACCUGUUGCCGUUGAGCCUGAUGAGUCACCCCGGCAUGCCAGGGAGGAGGCGUUGAUCCGAAAGCCAGCUGGCUCUCGGAUUGGAUCCCAGGGAGGGAGCAACGACGAUAUGAUGGAUGACCUUGACGAAAUGAUAUUUGGGAAGAAAGGUGGUGGGGGUACGUCAGAAGGUGGCCAAGAUGCUAAGAAACAGCAACCAGCAAAGGAUGACUUAAUAUCAUUUUGAGUCUGGUACUGGUAGACUACUCAUAAUUCCUUACAUAUUUGGACUGAGUGAGACCUGUGACUGUCUUGGUUGUGUUAGUUGUCCAGGGUCGUUAUGUUGGAAUGUUUAAAAAUCUUCUUUUUUUUUUUCUUUUUUGACUUGAUAUAUACUGGAGUAUUAUCCAUUUUAUUCUUCUUCUUUUCCUUUUCCUUUUCCUUUUUUUUUCUUUUUGGAGUAAAAAACAAUCCGCCAUUUAUUUCCUCAUUCACUUUGUGUAAGUAAUUCAUGAUGGCUGAUGAUGAUGAGGUAUAUUAUAAUAUUAUAGUUAUAAUAUAGAAAAGUGGAUUAUUCAUGAAUGAUAUACAAUGCUUUUAGUGUUAA